AUGCCGAGCAGCUCGGACACGGCGCUGGGGGGAGGCGGGGGCUUGAGCUGGGCGGAGAAGAAGUUGGAGGAACGCCGCAAGCGGAGGCGAUUCCUGUCCCCUCAGCAGCCGCCGCUGCUGUUGCCGCUCCUGCAGCCGCAGCUCCUGCAACCGCCGCCGCCCCCGCCGCCUCUGCUCUUCCUGGCUGCUCCCGGCACGGCCGCCGCCGCAGCCGCCGCCGCCGCGGCCUCCUCCUCUUGCUUCAGCCCGGGCCCCCCUCUGGAGGUCAAGCGGCUGGCGAGAGGCAAGAGGCGCGCAGGAGGGCGGCAGAAGCGGCGCCGCGGGCCCCGCGCCGGGCAGGAGGCGGAGAAGCGUCGGGUCUUCUCGCUGCCCCAGCCGCAGCAGGACGGCGGUGGCGGUGCUAGUAGCGGCGGGGGUGUGACCCCGCUGGUGGAGUACGAGGAUGUGAGCUCCCAGUCCGAGCAGGGGCUGCUGCUGGGGGGGGCCAGCGCGGCAACGGCGGCGACGGCUGCCGGGGGAACGGGGGGCAGCGGCGGGAGUCCGGCCUCCUCCUCCGGCACCCAGCGGCGCGGGGAGGGGUCGGAGCGCAGGCCCCGGCGGGACCGCCGCAGCAGCAGCGGCCGCAGCAAGGAGCGCCACCGCGAGCACCGGCGGCGGGACGGGCAGCGCGGCGGCGGCGAGGCCUCCAAGUCCCGCAGUCGCCACGGCCACGGCGGCGAGGAGCGGGCCGAGGCCGCCAAGAGCGGCAGCAGCAGCAGCAGCGGCGGCCGCCGGAAAAGCGCCUCGGCCACGUCCAGCAGCAGCAGCAGCCGCAAGGACCGAGACCCGAAGGCCCACCGGAGCCGGACUAAGUCGUCCAAGGAGCCGCCUUCGGCCUACAAGGAGCCGCCCAAGGCCUACCGGGAGGACAAGACCGAGCCCAAGGCCUACCGGCGGCGGCAGCGGUCCCUGAGCCCGCUGGGAGGCCGGGACGACAGCCCGGUGUCCCACAGGGCCUCGCAGAGCCUGCGGAGCCGCAAGUCCCCGAGCCCGGCGGGAGGUGGCAGCAGCCCCUACUCGCGGCGGCUGGCCCGCUCCCCGAGCCCCUACAGCCGCCGCCGCUCCCCCAGCUACAGCCGCCACAGCUCCUACGAGCGGGGCGGCGACGUGUCCCCCAGCCCGUACAGCAGCAGCAGCUGGCGCCGCUCCCGGAGCCCCUACAGCCCUGUGAUCAGACGGUCUGCCAAAUCCCGAAGCAGAAGUCCAUAUUCAUCUAGGCACUCAAGAUCUCGUAGCAGGCACAGAUUGUCUAGAUCCAGAAGUCGUCAUUCUAGCAUUUCUCCUAGCACACUAACUCUGAAGAGUAGCCUGGCAGCUGAAUUGAACAAGAAUAAAAAAGCACGAGCUGCAGAGGCAGCACGAGCUGCAGAGGCAGCGAAAGCUGCAGAAGCAGCGAAAGCUGCUGAGGCCGCUGCCAAAGCUGCCAAAGCUUCAAACGCUUCUACACCUACCAAGGGGAACACAGAAACUGGUGCCAGUGCAUCACAAACCAACCAUGUGAAGGAUGUGAAGAAACUUAAAAUUGAACAUGCACCUUCUCCCUCAAGUGGUGGAACUUUAAAAAAUGACAAGGCAAAAACAAAGCCACCUGUUCAGGUAACAAAGGUGGAUAAUAAUUUGAUUGUAGAUAAAGCCACCAAGAAAGCAGUUGUAGUUGGAAAGGAGAGUAAAUCUGCUGCUACAAAGGAAGAACCAGUAUCUCUUAAAGAGAAAACCAAACCACUUACACCAAGCAUAGGAGCCAAGGAGAAGGAGCAACACAUGGCUUUAGUGACCUCUACCUUACCACCCUUACCUUUGCCUCCCAUGCUGCCUGAAGAUAAAGAUUCUGAUAGCUUACGAGGAAAUAUUUCAGUAAAAGCUGUUAAAAAAGAAGUAGAAAAGAAACUACGAUGUCUACUUGCUGAUUUACCACUGCCCCCUGAGCUACCAGGAGGAGAUGAUCUCUCAAAGAGUCCAGAGGAAAAGAAAACAGCAACACAGUUACAUAGUAAAAGGAGGCCUAAAAUAUGUGGGCCUCGCUAUGGUGAAAUCAAAGAAAAAGAUAUUGACUGGGGAAAACGCUGCGUGGAUAAAUUUGAUAUCAUCGGAAUUAUUGGCGAAGGUACCUAUGGACAAGUUUACAAGGCCAGGGAUAAAGACACUGGAGAAAUGGUAGCCUUAAAAAAAGUACGCUUGGACAAUGAAAAGGAAGGCUUUCCCAUUACAGCAAUUCGGGAAAUUAAAAUUCUCCGGCAGCUUACCCACCAGAGUAUUAUCAAUAUGAAGGAAAUAGUGACCGAUAAAGAAGAUGCUUUGGAUUUUAAGAAGGAUAAAGGUGCAUUUUAUCUGGUGUUUGAAUAUAUGGACCACGAUCUGAUGGGACUACUGGAAUCAGGCUUGGUUCAUUUUAAUGAAAAUCACAUAAAGUCAUUUAUGAGACAGCUCAUGGAAGGUCUGGAUUAUUGUCAUAAGAAGAACUUUUUGCAUCGAGAUAUUAAAUGUUCAAAUAUUCUUCUAAAUAAUAGAGGGCAGAUAAAGCUUGCAGAUUUUGGACUUGCUCGAUUGUAUAGCUCAGAAGAAAGUCGGCCAUAUACUAACAAGGUCAUCACUUUAUGGUACCGUCCACCUGAACUGCUGCUGGGAGAAGAAAGAUAUACACCAGCUAUUGAUGUAUGGAGCUGUGGAUGUAUCCUUGGUGAACUCUUCACUAAAAAACCUAUAUUUCAAGCAAAUCAGGAGCUUGCACAACUAGAAUUAAUAAGCCGUAUAUGUGGAAGUCCAUGUCCUGCAGUGUGGCCUGAUGUAAUCAAACUACCAUAUUUCAACACUAUGAAACCAAAGAAGCAAUAUCGUCGAAAGUUAAGAGAAGAAUUUGUUUUUAUUCCUGCAGCCGCACUAGACUUAUUUGAUUACAUGCUCGCCUUGGAUCCUAGUAAGCGCUGCACUGCAGAGCAAGCUCUUCAGUGUGAGUUCCUACGGGAUGUGGAACCUUCAAAAAUGCCUCCACCAGACCUUCCUUUAUGGCAAGAUUGUCAUGAGUUAUGGAGUAAAAAGCGAAGAAGACAGAAGCAGAUGGGCAUGACUGAUGAUGUUUCCACAAUUAAAGCCCCCAGAAAGGACUUGUCUCUGGGCAUGGAUGACAGCAGAACUAACACGCCUCAGGGUGUGCUGCCAUCUUCACAACUGAAAUCUCAGGGCAAUUCGAAUGUAGCACCUGUAAAAACAGGCCCUGGACAGCAGUUAAACCACAAUGAAUUGGCAAUUCUACUAAACCUACUACAAUCUAAAACAAGUGUUAAUGUGGCUGAUUUUGUCCAAGUGUUGAACAUUAAGGUAAACUCUGAGACUCAACAGCAGCUAAAUAAAAUAAACCUUCCUGCUGGAAUUUUGGCAACAGGUGAAAAACAGACAGACCCAUCAACACCACAGCAGGAGUCUUCGAAACCAUUGGGAGGAAUUCAGCCUUCUUCUCAGAACAUCCAGCCUAAAGUGGAGACUGACGCUGCCCAGGCGGCUGUGCAGAGCGCAUUUGCGGUUCUGUUGACUCAGUUAAUAAAGGCUCAGCAGUCAAAGCAGAAAGAUGUGCUACUGGAAGAGCGGGAAAAUGGGUCAGGGCAUGAACCGUCGUUACAGCUCAGGCCGCCUCCAGAACCUAGCACUCCGGUGUCGGGGCAAGAUGACCUCAUCCAGCACCAAGAUAUGAGGAUAUUGGAGCUCACACCAGAACCAGACCGGCCUCGUAUUCUGCCUCCUGAUCAACGACCUCCUGAACCACCUGAACCACCACCAGUCACUGAAGAAGAUCUGGAUUAUCGGACAGAAAACCAGCAUGUACCCACCACUAGUUCUUCGAUAACUGACCCUCAUGCCGGAGUGAAAGCAGCCCUGUUACAGCUACUUGCUCAGCAUCAGCCCCAGGAUGAUCCCAAAAGAGAAGGUGGUAUUGAUUACCAAGCAGGAGACACUUAUGUACCCCCUUCAGACUACAAGGACACUUUCGCAUCUUCUUCUUUCUCUUCUGCUCCUUAUGUUAGCAAUGAUGGUCUAGGAGGCACCUCUGCUCCUCCAUUGGAACGACGUAGCUUCAUUGGAAACUCAGAUAUUCAGUCCUUGGACAACUACAGUACUACUUCAUCUCAUUCUGGUGGUCCACCUCAGCCUUCUGCCUUUUCUGAGUCAUUUCCCAGUUCAGUAGCUGGAUAUGGAGACAUUUACCUCAAUACAGGUCCCAUGUUGUUUAGUGGAGACAAGGACCAUAGAUUUGAAUAUAGCCAUGGCCCCAUUGCAGUCCUGGCAAACAGCAGUGACCCUUCCGCAGGGCCAGAGAGUACUCAUCCUUUGCCAGCAAAGAUGCACAACUAUAACUAUGGUGGUAACUUACAGGAAAACCCAGGUGGCCCUGGCCUCAUGCAUGGACAGACCUGGACUUCUCCUGCCCAAGGACCUGGGUAUUCACAAGGAUACAGGGGACACAUUAGCACAUCAGCUGGCAGAGGUCGAGGCAGAGGGUUACCAUACUGAGUAUCUGUUUUUCCUCAGGCACAUCAUUUUUAUCUGGAAAGACUUUUCUAGCUGCGAUUUAAGGCAGCAAUCCAAGAGACUUGAAUAAUAUUAAUUCAACAACAGCUUUAUUUUUAUGUGGAAAAGGGUCUUGCAUACAAUAGUUUAAAAAAAAGACAAAAAAAACCUUUGCUUAAAUUCAUGCUGUUCUAAAAAACUAGAUCUAUUGAUUGUACAUCUUCACAAAUUCUAGUUAACAAUUUUAUUUUGUAUUCUUGCAGUUUUAAGUGGAUGCUAAUCUUAGGGACAUAAAAGUCUUUUAUGGCCCUCUUGCAGAUCUUCUGAACUAUGCACAUUUGUGCUUUUUUGUAAGUUUGGACCAACUUUUAUGUAACAACCAACCAACCCCUUCCUCCGCCCCCUCCAGUUUUACAACAAUCAGAAAGGGCACUGAUUUAUUUGGUAUUUUUCUUUUUACAAAGCUACCUUUAGUCAAAGGUCACUGUCAGUCUUUGCACCUGCUUUCAGUGUUAUUGUGAAAGGUGUACUUUGUGCUCAUUUCAGAAAAUAAAACACAACCUUUCUCUUGAUGCAACAGUUUUAUAAAAAAAAUGGUCAACGUUAUUUUUGUUUUAUUUUGCAGAUUAUCAUAGCUUAGCAAAAUGCAUUCAAACGAAAUAGUGGGUUUUAUAUGAAAAAUAUGGGUGGGGUGGGGAGGGUAAGUAAGUGCCUUAACAGGUAAGCUUAAGGUCUGAAAAAGUAGUUAACCUUUACACCCAUUUGUCUUCUAAAGGGAAUCAACGCAUUGUGUUGAUGAGGCAGGGAGCUCUCAAGUAUCUAGGGGCUGCCUGUUCAGUUCCUGUUAGGUCCAUUCUCUCUGCCUAUCACACUUUCCUUUUCUUUGGGCUGUGUUACCUUCCACUACCACCUUCUCUUGAUAGGGGAGUGAGAGCAAAGAAUGGGAAGUCCCGUCAGCACCUUUUGUUACUUUUGAGAAAAAGUUCUGAAAAGUUUUGUCAUUUAAAUGGUUGAAAAUAAUAGCUAAGUGAGAAUUUUAGAGUACCAUUUUCUUUCAGGCUGUCACAUGUCCGUUUCCUUUUGCCAUGCAUAAUUGGAGGGCAGUAGCAUAGAAGCAAGACUUAAUAACAGAAUUUGCAUAAUUCUGUUAAAGUUCAUGGGGGGGGAGGGGUGGCAAACACCAAAUUUUAAGUUAUACAAUUGCCAUUUUAAGACAAAGUUAACUCUGUUCACUUUACUCAUUAACUAGAAACAUUGCCUAGAUUGAAUUUGUUGAAGUAAAAAGAAAAAGUAGGGCAAAAAAACCCUCUUAUCCUCUCUCCUCUCACUUUUCUAUGAGGUUUACUACAACUUCUUUAGCCACACCUAGAGUAACUUUAUUUUAGUUCAUUUUAGAAUGAUGGACUAACCCUCAUUUAAACUGUAAUGGUGUCAAGUGUAACUAACUUUUUGUGCACACUCAAACACACAUACCAUUAUAAUAAUCCUAGAAAGGAACCAAAGGUAAAUAACCAGUGUUUCCAUGAGCGCUAAAUGGCAAAAUAGACUCUGGAAAGGAGAGUUGUGCCAAUUAACCAUUUUGUUUUAACUGUUCUCCUGGUAACUUGUUUUUUGAUUGGAAUCUUAAAUUGGAACAACUGUUAUCAAAUGGAAAUUGCUCCAGUUCUAAAGUCAGUCUUUUAAUCCUGUGUACUCUAUCUGACUUGUGAACCUUCAUUUCAAAACAGUAUAUGGGAAGCAUUAUAGUUUGAUGAUAGUAAGAAUAUUUUAAAGUGAAUAAUUUACCAUUUUACUGCUAUAAAAUGAGUUGACCAUUUUAUCUUUUGAUGGAAUUUUUUUGUUGUUGGGGAGAAAGAAAUGAAUGGAAGAAAAAUUAUUUUGCUUUUAUUUGAAUAUUGAAUACUAACAACUUAUAAUAGAACUGCAUUGCAGGAAGUGAAAUAUUUUGAAAUUUAGCAAAAUAGCUACAGUAUUCAAUUAUCUGGAAUUUUAAUAUGGUGAGUCUUAAGAGCUUUAGACUUUCCUAUAAGUGACAGUAUCUAAGUUAUUUCUAAUGGUCACACUUGAUAAUCCUGCUGACCAUAGCAGCUAACCUAAAAUUGAAGAUAUUUAUGUGACAUGAAUAGCCUGUGUUUUAAAAAUUAAAUAUUUUAUAUAAAAUUGAACUGUGUUUGGAUAGUUUUUCCUAACAUUUCAGUUAUAUAUUUAUGUUGGGAGAGUGGCUGGGAGGACAAGGAAAUUGUUGCUUGAAAUUGAAGAUUUGAACUACAGCUCCUAAUAUUACCCCAAGACAGCACUGAUUGUGAGACAGCAAUAUUUUAUGUACUAGUUAGGAAAAAUAUUGUCAGUUAAACCACAGCUCAAGGCUAAGAUUCAUCAAUUGUAAGGUACUUCCAAGUUCAGAGAUGUUAUUAUAUGAAGGAAUGUUUCAUAAAAUUAAUGAACUAUGGUGGUAAAAAUCUUAAUGCAUCCUUCCAUAUCAUUUAAUACUUAAAGUAAAUUUAGAUUAAAGAAAAGAGCAGGGUUGGGAAAUCACUAAUUCUGUAAAUUAUAAUAACUGCAGUAAUCACUGAGUAUUCUUGGGUAAAAACUGAAGGAACAUAAAAUAUUGAGUUUUUUGGGGAAGAAACAGGUAAGUCAGAUUGCAAAUGAGAAGAUAAAACUAGGAAAAAUUGGCCUACCAAAAGAAGAAAAUAUUUAUUAUCUCCCAUGUGAAAUUCCCUCAUGUAUUUGUGAUACAGCAGCUUUUUCUGCAUGUAACUCAGUAUGUUUCCCAAGUCUUCAAUCCAUUCUAUGUUGGAGAGUUGCAGUCACCUAUGAAAUUUUAAAAGACUCAUUUUAAGGGUUUAUUGAUUAGUUUGUGGAAUGUGAAUUAAGAUAGUGCUUUAGCUGUGAUUCAGAGCUUCACUCUGUCAGUAAAUAUACAUUCAGUGCCUACCAAGUGCCAGGUACUGUUCUAGUACUUGGGGUACAUCUAUCAACAUGAAAGGCUCUAAAUCAGACUUCUAGUGAGCAAGAAUAUUUAAAAGUGGAGUAUUUGCUACUCUUCAGCUGUAUCUAAAUUACACGUAAGUGAAAGAGAUGAAAAAUGUGGUUUUGUAAAAUUUUCAAGUCAAAUUUGAAUAGAGAAAGUUCUGGAAAGAAAUAGAACAAUUGGAAACUCAAUGAUGGAAACAAAAUUUAAGUUGAACCUGGCCAGUUUGCAGUAGGCCAAUUUGUAAGAAGUAUCAAGAUUUCUUGUUAAAAACUGAAGGUAAAUGAGUUAAAUGCUUCCAAACUAAUCUUUCUGGUAUGUCUGAGUUAAAGUUUUGCUGUAUUCACUAUGACCUUAAUCCAGUUUUAGAUGAUUUCCCUCCCUAGGCCCCUCACCCCCACUUUUUUUAAAGUAAAGUUGAGAUUUGAAUAAAAAUCUGCUGAUUCCCUGGGAUAAUGGUUUUGCUAUUUUAAAAGUCUGAACAGGAUAUCCCCAAAAUCUAAAAUCAUCUGGCCCAUUCUUCACUUUACAGUGAGGAAAACAGAUUUAGGUGGAUUACCAGGGUCGUUCCUCUAAGCCAUAUCUAAAUUCUGUAGUAAAUACUUAACUUUUUAAUGAGAAAAUUGUUAAAAUACUUACCAAUGUCAUAGUAAAAUAAAUUUAGAGUACUGAACGAAUAGUUUAACACAGGUGGCUUUAAAGAGUCAACUUAAAAAAAGGCUUCAGAAAAAAAUAAGAAAAUAAAAUUUUAGAAAACUUAAUUAGGAGCCUAUAGAGGCUGUUUUGUUUCAUAUAUGGAUAGUCUUUAAAAAGGAGGUUCCUCAUUUUAUUUUUUAAGACAAUGGUUACCUAAAAUAUCAAUAAGACUGAAUCUUUCAUUUAAACUUAUUUUCUGUUUGUAGGAGGAAGAUUGGUAUCAGCAGUCCUGCAAACAUUGCUUUUAAAUUCUUUCAAGUUUUUAUAAUUUUAAGCAGCUUUAUGAGGGGAGCAAUGGUUUGUCAUUUACCAAAGCCCUCUCCAGAAAAUUUCUUAAACUGUAAAAAUAAAAGCUAUUAAGAGAAAAGCUACCAAGGGAUCCAGUUGAAGGUGGGGAAAACAAAGAUUUGAUCAUAUUGGAAAGAACUUGCUCUUUGAAUUAUGUAAACUAACAUUUUGUGGGUCUUAUCCUUUCACCGUAUCAAAUGUCCCAUUAAAAAAGAAUUUUCUAAUUGAAAAUGCCGCAUCGAAAAUGAGGCUCUGUAGUGAAUCACUCUUUAAUUUUUUUUCCACAAGUUAAUUUGUUGUAAAGGUGUACUUUUUUCAAGAUUUUUUAGUAGUCUCGUAACUCCUAAAUCUAAUGUAUUUAAUAUAAGCCAUUUGUUUAAUAAAAGGAAAAAAGACUGUAUUUAAUAGUCUGUAAAUAAAUUGCCGUAAGAAUCCAGGCUAUUUUUAUCCUUGUUUUCUUCUUGCUCAUAUACAGAAUAGACUCUUAGAAAUAAUCUCAUCUGAUGAAGAUGACAACUUGUUAAAACCGCUGUGUCAUGCUUUCUAGACAAUGCUUUAAACCUGGAACCCUUAUUUUGUCCUUUUUGUAUUUGUACAUAUUUGAAGAUGUAGGAACACAUCCAGAGGUAACCACCAUGAAUAUUUUCCCUUUGAUGGAUUUCUUUUCUUAAAAGAAUGGUAUUACACGUUCCAAAGCUUUGUAAUUUAGAGUUUUUCAUUUAAUAAUAUUUUGUGAACAUCCUUCUAUUGUCAGUAAUUAAAUCCCACCCUGUUUUUAGUGAUUGUAAAUUACUCCUUUAUAGAAGAACCAUAACUUAACAGUUCCUCAUUGCUGGACACAAAAUAUUUCUAACUUUUCUGUUAUAUAUAACAAUUGUUAUAUAUAACAAUUACAAACAUACAACUGUAUGUAGUUUCCUUGGAGUUGCUGGUCUAAAGAGCGCAC